UGCCCAGAGCCGAAGAGCCAGGAGGGGAUACUGGUGCUGAGCCUCUUCAGUGCACAGCUGGCAUCGCAACACUGGCACCCACCUACCGGUCACUCCUCGCUUGGAGUGACACAAGAGCAGGGUACAGGGGCAGGAUCACCUCCUUCAACCUGCUGCUUACAUCCCUUUUGAUGCAGCCCAGGACACCUUUGCACACUGAAGCAGCUCAUGUUCAGUUUCUCAACACACAACAUUCCCAAGUCCUCCUCCUCAGGGCUGAUCUGAAUCACUUCUCUGCCCAACCUGAUCCAUCACCUCGAUGUAGGCAAAUAGAGAGUGAAGAUUGCUCUUUAUUAGCCCAUUACUUUGACAGAGAGUUGGUCCUACCCUGCAUUGACUGCCCGGGUGACCUCUGAUCCAUCUUCUGUGUUACAUUCCGAGGCAGCCUGCAAUGGCCCUCACCUCUACCAUGCUUCAUCCUUGCUGCAGUUAGAGAAGAGCCUGUGCCAUGAUGUGAGUGAGGAUUUAGCUGAGCACACAACCCUUCCUGGGCAGUUUCAGUGUCAGGUAAAUCACAUUGGGUCAAACCCUAUCCAGUGUGUGGCUGCUGUGGAGCCUGCACUCCUCUUUUCAACUCUUAUUUUCCCUUCUUAUCCUGUGAGCUUAAAGUAGGUUUAAUUUUACCUGGUUACACUACAGCUGUCUGUGCCCUCUGCACUCCCUCCAUCUGCCUCCCUUCUCUGCAUGGGUCUGUCAAAUAGCACAUGGAGGAAGAAACACACAUAUUCUUUCUGUUUGUGACUGAGGAUAAUGAAGUUUGGCUCCUGUACCUUCCAGGUGGCGUUUGGACGCGCAGCAUUUAAUGCGUGAAGUGAUUGAGCUCUGAUCUUUAAAACAGAGCCGUGAAGACCGUGCUGAAUUUGCAUGCAGGGGGAGUAGAAAGGCAGGAAAUAGCAGCUCUGAAACUCUCCAACCCCUGCCCUUUAUUUCCUUGUGCUGAGUUUUCCCUGCCUGACAAGGCAGUGAUUUAUGUAUAACCAGAGCAGCCUCCAGUGGUUGGAUGGGUGAACUUUCCCCAGCAGCCCUUAAUCUUAGCUCAUUUUGCAGACCCCAGCCCUGAUUCCUCCCUGCUCCCAAGCUCAGCCUAGGAAGAACGGGAGCGCUGGAAGCGGCGGGUGCCCGGCUUAUUCUGCUGGGAGCUGAUUUCGUCCCUAAUUGAGCUGAAAACAUCUGCUGCAUCCUCAGUGCCGCAGGCCUGCUGUGCACAGCAGUUCCCCACAAUAGCUGAGCCAUAGGGAUGUCAGAGCUGCCUGUGCCAGCAUCCCACCCCCUGGUGCAGCAGCAAUCAGGCAAGUCUGUCUGUCAGGGGAUACAGGGAAUCUCCGCAGUGUUGGCCUUAAGCUAUCCAGUCUUAUAGGGGCUCUCUGUGGGUACCUGACACUGGGGAAGCCAGAAGUGAGGAUGCAGGGCACCUCUGUGUCCUGUCCUGCAGCUGGAUGCUUCCACAAGGAACAGCUGGGAGAGAAUCACUGCUAAGAGGAGAGAGAAUCUGGGGUCUGUGUUUUCAGUUCUCUCCUUGUGCUUGGCUGAUUGGUUCUCAGAGUGGUUUCUGCUUCUCAGGGCCCUUGAGGGCAAAAAGAGAUGAGAGACAGGACUCUGACCUGGGGGUGGCUGAGAGGAGGUGGAGAAACUGAGCAGCACAUAUGGCAAAGUCACUACAAAGCCCCAAUGGUGUUUGUGCCCCUGCUGAGCCUGCAGACCCAUUCCAGUGCUCUGAGUGACCUCUUGUCUUUAAGGAGAAGAGCUUCAGAAGCAAUGUACCCAGCUGAUAAACCCUACUGGGGGGCAAGGAGCAACUCAAGUCUCUCCUACAGCACUGAUGUUUAUGGAAAACAAGGAGAGGAGCUGCCCAGGCAUUUCAAAGCAUUUGAGAUUCCAUUACCCAAGAAGUCACUGCCUUUGUUGGGGACUUCUGGCUCCUUUGCCAAGCAAUUCAAGUAUUAUUAUUGGAAUAAAAACAGAACAACUACUAAUCCUCUGUUUAAAUGACCAGUAAGUUCCCUGCAGGCAAUGCUCUGCCAAAACAUUUAUCCACCUAAUUUCUUCUCAUGUAGGUGUUUUAAAUUCAGAUGUAACCUUUUGUGAUGGGGGUUGCAGGCACUUCUGUUUAGAAGCACAUUUUAUAGCCUACUGGGAAUGUAAUUCCAUGGUGCAGGGAAGGGAGAGGGCCUCUGCUUGUCCACAUUACAGGUGUGAGAGUGCACGUUUCCUUUUGGUCACUCAACCCCUGGCUUACGGAGGGAGCACAAGUGAAAAGCUCAACUUCCCUGCAGGUGCAAUGGAAUUGGAGCAGGCAAAGGCCAUCAUCCCUGGUACCCAACUCCUGCAGCAGCCAGCAGUUACUGCCUGGGCAAAGCAGCAAAGAGCAGGGCAUAUCCCAGAGCAUAUUCUCCAUCUUCUGGGGUGUUAUCCACUUCCCAGGCUGAAGCUGUAUCCAGAACCCAUGGGGAAAGCUGAGAGAUCUGCAAUCCAGAUGUUCAUACAUCAGCCUUUCUCCAGCGGCGGCGGCAGCAGCAGGAAGACAUGGCCGACUGGAUGUGACUACGGCACUCGCUCCGCCGGGAAGCCACAGCCCUCGCCAAGGACCGUGGGUGGCAGCAGCAGCAGAAGCAACCUCCAGGCCACUCUGCGGCCUUCACGAUCCCACAGGUAUGCCUUGUGGGUCUCGGCAGCUCCAAUGGCUUUCCUGUCGAGGUUCUCCAGGAACGGCACCAGGUCACCGAGCCGGAGCACACGGGAGGAGCGCAACAACCACCCCAUCCUCAGUGUCUUCGAGCUGGAAAGGUUGUUGUACACGGGAAAGACAGCCUGUAACCAUGCUGAUGAGGUCUGGCCGGGACUCUACCUGGGCGAUCAAGAUAUAGCAGCCAACCGGCGCGAGCUGGCUCACCUGCGCAUCACCCACAUCCUCAAUGCCUCGCACAGCAAGUGGAGGGGGGGUGCUGAGUACUAUGAGGGCACGGGCAUCCGCUACCUGGGCAUCGAGGCCCAUGACUCACCUUCCUUCGACAUGAGCCCCUACUUUUAUCCUGCUGCUGACUUCAUCCACCAAGCGCUGAAUGAAGGAAGGAUCCUUGUGCACUGUGCUGUCGGGGUGAGCAGGUCGGCCACCUUGGUCCUCGCCUACCUCAUGAUCCGCCACCACAUGCCCCUUGUAGAAGCCAUAAAGACGGUCAAGGACCACCGUGGUAUCAUCCCCAACCGGGGUUUCUUGCGCCAGUUGGUCGCCCUGGACAAUGCCCUGAGGCUGAAGAGGAGUGCGUGAAGAGGGGUUGUGUGCGAUGAAGAGCAUUGUGUGUGUGAUGCUCACCCGAUCCCAUUGCCCACUGAGUGGCUGCGAUAGGGCUUUCCUCGCGGUGCAGAUGCUUGGCAGCUAAUGGGUUACAUGCAACUGGCCCCUGGGCCUCCUCCUCAGUUAAGAGGGUCCCCAAACAUCUGAGCUAUUCCUAGUGGUAAUGCCUAGGCCCUCAACCUGCAAUCUUGCCACCUAGGUAGGUCUAAAGUACAGCAUCCUUCCCAGCCUGCUCGCUCCAAGAUGCCUCCAGAGGGACUCAGCCCCACGUUACAGGUUACUCUAUCCCUGUGGGCUCCAGGAAGCCUUUAAGGCUUCAUUCUCCCAUGUGGCAGAUGCAUUUGCCAAGCCAGUCCUGUUCUUCCCUCCCAGGAGACUGAAGCUCUGUGUGUUCCUUGUCUUGUCUCCCAUUUGUUUUUGGUCUGUGUAGCAAUGUGAAUUAGAUCUGGCGUGUGGGCUCAGGCAAACAGGCCUUGUGUCGCAGUGUUUGGAUGUCCUCCAUGCCUUGUGUUAACCUGUACAAAUAAAGACAGUGCUAAGGAAGAA